AUGCCUCAAUUCCGUCGAAGAUCAACAAUUGUUUUUGUGAUUAGCUUCUUGGCAAGUGUGGUUUUUAAAGCAAAAUGUGAGCUUCGCGUUGAUGGCACUAAAGUCCUGAAACGACUGGGAGGACAUACGAGCAAUGGCGUCGCCUAUGCCAAUUUUGCAGCGCACACAUUUUAUUACCUGAACACUACUCCUUUGCUAUCUGUCUCGGUAAAUGAAUUUGCAGAAUGUGGGAAACUGUGUGUCGAUCACUUUCCUUGCUUCUCCUUUAACGUUGCCGUGUUUCGUGACUUCGAGAGAAAGAUUUUGUGCGAACUCUUACCAAGCGAUAAAUACAAUGAAUCAAGAAAGUUUUCUUCCAGUCAGAUUUUUCAUCACUUCAGUAUCAAGGUUUGUUUCAAAAUUUACAACAUUCUAUUUUCUCUUAAAAAUAGUUAUAUAUUAUUGGUGAUCAACCUUACGUUUUGAUCCCAGUCUAAAUAUUUAUGUAGUUCUUGUUUUUGCUGAUUUAAGUACUAGGAUACUCUAUUUUCUGUCAAUUUUGAGCUCCGUAUCUUUCUUUCCUCAGUUGUGACCGGCUAAGUAUUUAAUACCCCCCCCAUUUUUUUUUUAUUAUUUUUUCUGGGUUGUUGUCUUCAAAUGAUAGGUAUAAAUUAGGCUAGUCCUUAUCGGUCCUUAAAUUUCACAGGUAAAAGGUUAGGAUCAGUAUCAGUUUGUUGUUCCAGCGGGGAAAAUGUCUUAACUAUGGGGAAGAACAUGCGUGAAACAUUAAACUCCAAAAAAGGUUCAAACAAAGUUUUGAAUUCCACGAUCAUUUCAACCCAAUAGAAAACUAAACCAAAAAAAAUCCUUAGUUUCAGUCUAGCAAGUGACAAAAUGUACAGACGUAAUACAUUAAGAGUUAAAUUACGAAAGAAAACUAAAUAAAUAAACCGACCAUGCACUGCUGACGUUCUAUUAAAUAAGACUUGUCAGAAACUGAAGCGUUCACAGUUAGCUUCAAAGCUUGUGAGAUAGAAACACUUAAGGCUUAAGAUAAGAUAAGAACUCUAUUUUAGCACGAUAAAAAGAUCAGCAUUGCUGGUGGGGUCGUGCAUACAACAAUUACAAGAAAAAUAAAAAGCUAUUAAAAAUGUUUGUAACCGAUAUUUCAGUUUUAGUUGUAGCUAAAAUAGGUCGUGAAAAUGUACAAUUGAAAAAUUAAAACUGUUAAAAGUAUUCGUAACCGAGAUCUCUAUUUUUUGUUGUAGCUAAAAUUAGUUCGAAAUUCAUUUUAUCAAUGUGAAAUUUUACAAGACAGCAUUUAAAUUCUUUCAAGGUUUUGGCCCUUGUUUCCUUGUUCGUUAAAGAGUUCCAUGCAAUUGCUCCUCUAAAGCGCAUGGAGUUCCUUAUAAAAUUUCUAUCGCAUUAAGCGCCUCCGUGAAUUCAUUGAAUUAGGCAUAGUAUUUGAGUCUGUCGAUCAAUCACGAACAAAUUGCUAGAAUGUAUUAGUGCUAUAUUAAGCGUUAGCCAAGGUGAUUUGAAUGUACCAAACAAAUUGCCUCAGCGAUACAAAAAUGUUUUAAAACUAACAAAUAGAAAAAGAAAUUUAACGAAUUUACGUCAUUACUUUCUGCUUAAAAAUGUGUGAUAAAAGCUUGGGAUUGAUUGCUGUUGUUUGAACCAACCAACAAAGAGUUUCUCUUCCCACUUUAACUUCAAACAAAAUUAGAAUCCGAAUUAUAAAGUAACCAGGGAAGAUAAGAAUGCAGUGUCAAGCAAUCAACUUAACCGACCGUUUUUUGUUGUUAAAACAGAGUGGUUGUUCCAGCCAUCCCUGUGUUAAUGGUGCAACUUGUGUACCCAGUUAUGAGAGCAGUGAAUAUCACUGCGCAUGCGUUGCAGGAUACAGUGGACAAAGUUGUGAAAUAGGUAUUUGGCUUUAA